AUGCAAUUGUCUGACAAAGCCCUCAAUGCAUAUAUACACUGUAUUAGGGGUGAAGAGCAUUUACUUCAUAGAGAAGGUGGAAAGGUCUUCUUGGAGAACACAUUCAUUUCCAGUCUGCUUAAGCGUGAUGGCGACCCUAAGGUGUUCCUUCCAAUGAAUAUAGAAGAUUUUCACUGGUACCUGGCAGUUCUGAAUGCAAAAAAAAGUGAGGUACAUGUACUCGAUUCUAUGGGACAACAAAUAACGGAUCGCCGAGACCUUUAUACUACAUUAAAAGGUCUAGAAAGACAGAUUAAACUUGCAGCAAAACAUAAAGAGCUUUACCAAGGCAAGUGGUCGAACCUUGAUGUUGCAUCAUGGCCAGUUAUAGAGAAGAUCACAACACAAAUGCAAACCGAUGGGGUAUCUUGCGGGCUAUGGAUGAUAAACUAUAUGGAAUACUGGACAGGAUCCUCCCUAUCUGAUAACGUAACUCAGGAUGAUAUAACAAUGUUUAGGUUUAAGCUACCUGCAAUAUUAUGGGACUCGAGAUUAAACACAAAGAAAGGACAUCAAAAUCUUGACCACAAUGUGGAUGAAGAUGGAGAGAGUUCAAGUGAUGUUCAAAUAAUCGAUACUCCAUGUGAGUUAUCUAAAUCGUCAAAUACAUCACAUCAGAUUGAACCAUAUAUAUCUCCAUAUGUUCUGCCUGCUAAAGUAACAUCAACAAACACACAAGAACUGAUGUUUGUAUUAUGCACAUAUAUCAUGGGGAUAGACAACGACAAAUAUUUAAAGAAACAUUGGAUUCAGAGCACUAAACCUUAUCCAAUUUCUUUAAGUCUUCAAAAACUUAAAGAUAUAUUGGAUGUAAAUAAGCCGAUGGAUACAGAUUGUUUUAACAUGGCUGUUCGGAUGAUCGCAUGCAAUGAUUCCUUGUUCUUGUUGGAAGACAAAUACCACUACAUGGAUCUACAGUUCUGUAUUGCAAACAAGUAA